AUGAGACUCCAUUUGCUUCUCUUUAUUCUCCUCCUUUUUUCGAUUCUCUUAUCCCCAGUAAGAAGUGGUUUGGGUCCUGCUGAAGGUCAUUGUCUCAAUUUGGGUGGUGUUUGCAGAAGAGAUGUCUGCAAAGUAACAGAAGAUGAAGUUGGUGCCUGCCGAAGAAGGAUGAAGUGCUGUAGAGCAUGGUGGAUUGCAAUGCCAAUUCCAACACCAGUUAUCAUGUCCGAUUAUCAAGAACCUCUUAAACCGAAGUUGAAAUGAAACUGACAUAAAAAUGCAUCAAAAGUGAAGUUUUUGAACAUGAAAAUAUACAUAUUAAGUACUUCCAUCUUGAUAACCAUCUUGUAUUUUCACUUAUCAGUGCAAAUCAGUAAACAUUAAUUUCAAAUAUACCCAAAUACUAUUCCUUUA